AUGUCACCUCCUACGGAUGCAACCGCAAGACCAUUUUGCUUUGAAGCGGUUGGGCUCCUACAUCCGCAUUUCAAAGAUUUUUGUUCAGAGAACUGGAAGAAAGAAGCAGAACUCACUUACUCUUUGAAGGAAAUGGCAGAUAAACUGAGUGUUUGGCAGAGGGAUGUCUUUGGUUCCACAAGCCGCAAAAAGAGGAGGCUGCUGGCAAGGCUCGCGGGAGUAACCGAGUGUCUGGCUAAUUCAUUUAGCCCGGGUCUUUUGAAACUUCAAAUCCGAUUGGAGAAGGAAUUAGACUUAAUCAUAGCUCAAGAAGAAGUCUACUGGUUUCAACGAUCUAGUGAGAAAUGGGUGAAGAUGGGAGAGCAGAACACUUCUUACUUUCAUCAACAGGCAACUAGAAGAAGAAGGCGCAAUAAGAUUAUGGCUCUGCGCAAUGCCAAUGGGGAUUGGAUUGAGAAUCAGGAGAACCUUAAAGACUUAGUGGUUCAGUUUUACCGUUUGCUUUACACUCAGGAAGAGGGGAUCUAUGAGGACAGAAUGCCCAAAAACAGGUUUCCUCGACUGUUGCAGGAUGAUCUCUUGAGUUUGCUUCGUCCCUUUCAUAUUUCAGACUUCCAUAAGGCUAUUCUUGAGAUGAAGCCUCUUGCAGCUCCUGGUCCAGAUGGGUUUCAAGCUUUGUUCUAUCAGAAGUUUUGGGCCUUGGUGGGAAGGAACCUCUCUGAGAUGGCUAUUCAUUUUUUUGAAACAGGGAACAUAGCGGAGGAAACUGUGGAGUCUACGGUGGUUCUCAUCCCCAAAGUUGACCACCCUGAGACUCCGGCUCAAUUCCGCCCGAUAAGUUUGAACAACGUUGCCUUAAAAGCAAUCACCAAGGCAAUAGGUAAUAGACUUAAACCGCUGAUGCCUAAACUGGUUGCUCCAAAUCAGAGUGGCUUCAUAAAGGGUAGGCAAACGAAUGACAAUAUCGUUCUGCUUCAAGAAACUUUACACUCCUUAAGGAACAAGAAGGGUAAGAAAGGAGGUCUGGUCAUUAAGAUAGAUCUUGAGAAAGCGUAUGAUCGUCUGCAUUGGAGUUUCCUGAGAGACACUCUAGGUGAGAUUGGCCUCCCAAGCACUUGGAUCAUCAGGAUUAUGACCUGUGUGGAGCAAAAUCAGAUGCGCAUCAACUGGAAUGGAGAGCUUACCUCAGUGAUCAGGCCAUCAAGAGGAGUCAGACAGGGAGAUCCUUUGUCCCCUUUCCUUUUCGUUCUUUGUAUGGAAAGACUUGCACAUCGUAUUGAUCAAGCAGUAGAUGAGAAACUUUGGAAACCAAUCACUCUGACGAAAGAUGGGCCAAAGCUAUCUCAUCUAUUUUUUGCUGAUGACUUGAUUUUGUUUGCAGAAGCAGAAGGAGGGCAAAUUGAUGUCAUCCGAUCUUGCCUGGAGGAGUUCUGCGCGAGCUCGGGUCAGAGAGUAAACUUCAACAAGUCUGCCAUGUAUGUUUCCCCAAAUAUCCGGAGGGACAAAGCGCAGAGACUUGGAGAGAGGGCUGGAAUCACUCUAACCAACGACCUAGGGCGAUAUCUGGGCCUUAAAACCAUCAAUGGAAGAAUCACCAAAGGGAGAUACCAAGAGCUGAUUUUGAGGAUCCAACAAAAACUGGCUACCUGGAAAACCAACCAUCUGUCCGUGGCGGGCAGAAUUACCCUGGUGAAAUCGAUCACUUCUUCUAUGGCAAUUUAUCCCAUGUUUACAGAACGAUUACCUACUGCAAUAUGUAAUUCUCUUGACAGGAUCAAUCGGCAGUUUGUUUGGGGAGAGGAGGAUGGUAAAUCUAAAUUUCAUCCAGUAGCAUGGGAGCAAAUGACAAAACCGCGACAACAAGGAGGAGUUGGGAUAAGACCGACCAAAUUAGCCAAUCAAGCGAUGUUAGCUAAAGGGGCUUGGAAGCUGGCUACUGGGAACCAAGCCCUUUGGGCUAGAGUAAUGAGAAGUAAAUACGGGAGAAAUCGACAAGGACUUUCUAUACUUCAAAAAAGAAAGGGAAGUUCUUUCGCUUGGAAUAGUUUUUCACACACUGUCAACUUGUUGCGCAAAGGGGCAGCUUAUAAUGUUACUACAAGUCAGAAAACUAAGUUUUGGACUGAUGUGUGGGCUAUGGAGGAACCGCUUUUGGAGGUAACUACAAGCGAGGUGCCGCUGGAUAAGAGGGAUAACAGGGUAGCUGAUUAUUGGGAGGGUCCGGGAGGCUAG